AUUUUCUUCAAGUCAAAUUUAGCUGAAGUCUCUUCACUGCCUUUCAUACGAUUGGAGACAGCCCACCUUCAAGCGUUCUUAGCAUGGGAGCAGCUGCUGGUUCCAUUAUCAGAAUGAAAUGGCUGGUUUUGGUGCUCCUGGGGUGCUCCUCCUCAAUGGCACAGCUGCACAAAGAUCCCACACUGGACCAUCACUGGGACCUCUGGAAGAAAACCUAUGGCAAACAAUACAAGGAAAAGAAUGAGGAAGGAGUACGGCGCCUCAUCUGGGAAAAGAAUCUAAAGUAUGUGAUGCUUCACAACCUGGAGCAUUCAAUGGGAAUGCAUUCAUAUGAUCUAGGCAUGAACCACCUGGGAGACAUGACCAGUGAAGAAGUGACAUCUUUGAUGAGUUCUCUGAGAGUUCCCAGCCAGUGGCAGAGAAAUGUCACUUACAAGUCAAACCCUAAUCAGAGAUUACCUGAUUCUGUGGACUGGAGAGAAAAAGGGUGUGUCACUGAAGUGAAAUACCAGGGUUCUUGUGGUUCUUGUUGGGCUUUCAGUGCUGUGGGGGCCCUGGAAGCACAGGUGAAGCUAAAGACAGGAAAGCUGGUUUCUCUGAGUGCACAGAACCUGGUGGAUUGCUCAAGUGGAAAAUAUAGAAAUGAGGGCUGCAAUGGCGGAUUCAUGACAGAGGCCUUCCAAUACAUCAUCGACAAUGGCAUCGAAUCAGAAGCUUCCUAUCCCUACAAAGCCGUGGAAGGAAAAUGCCAGUAUGACUCAAAAUAUCGAGCUGCCACAUGUUCAAGGUAUACUAUACUUCCUGAAGGCAGCGAAGAUGCCUUGAAAGAAGCUGUGGCCAAUAAAGGACCGGUGUCUGUUGCUAUAGAUGCAAGCCAUCCUUCUUUCUUCCUCUACAGAAGUGGUGUCUACUAUGACUCAGCCUGCACUCUGCAUGUGAAUCAUGGUGUAUUAGCGGUCGGCUACGGCAACCUUAAUGGGAAAGACUACUGGCUUGUGAAAAACAGCUGGGGCCUCAACUUUGGUGAUCAAGGAUAUAUCCGGAUGGCCAGAAAUAGCGGAAAUCAUUGUGGGAUUGCUAGUUAUGCCUCUUAUCCAGAAAUCUAAAGGAUCUCUUCGUUCUUCAAGUCAAGAAAGAUGAAACACUUUCUUUUCACUUAAUUUUAUUUGCUGUGUUCAGUAGAAAUAAGUGUCAUAAUCAAUGUCUAUUUAUUGCAUUAACAGAAUAUAUAGUUUGACUCUUCUACUUUUUUAACUUUGCAGAUCUUGAAAAAAAUUGCUAAGUAAAAAUUAACAAUGCACUGUAGUUAUAACUGUAUGAGAAUUUGUCAACUUAAUAUAAUUUGUCAUUGUCUCUUUGUCUUUUUAUGUCCCCUGAUAUGCUUUUGUAACUCGAUGGCAUAUAAGUACUUAAUAAAUAUCUGUAUUUUCAACUUUG